CAGCCAUCAUCGUACAGGCCUGUGUCUCUUCGGUCGUCACGGUCCGACACGGGAGAAUGGGGAAAGUACCGGGUCUAUAUUGACGCUGCGAUAAUUCGACGGCCGCUCUCCUCCUGCGAGGUGAGGCUUCGCAAGGGUAACGCGUGCCGUGAUUUGCGUCUAUAUAAGAAGAUGCGAGUCUCUUCCCUCCUAUUCCGUUCAGUAGACUGUCUGGUCGCUCGAUCCGACUCGAGAGACUUAAACAUACUAUCUGUCUUGCCUCAUCGCCAUCUCCACCUUUCCCACGAGAUCGUCCAUAGUCUUGGCCAGGCCCAGAUUAAGCAAUAUCCGUUUUCCCGGGCGAGAGCGAGACGCUAAGUGUGCAGCUUCCAAUAGCCUAGGCAACCCAGUUAUCGCCGUCUGCGAAAAGAAGAAAACAUACUUGGAGCAUACUGUCUAUCCAACAUGUCGUUACGUCCAGACUUUCUCUGGGGCUUCGCUACAGCUGCGUACCAGGUCGAGGGUGCUACUAACCAGGAUGGCCGUGGUCCAUCGAUCUGGGACACCUUCUGCGCCAUCCCGGGCAAAAUCGCGGACGGGAGCGACGGGUCUGUUGCCUGCGAUUCUUACAACAGGACAACGGAAGACAUCGCCCUCCUAAAGAGAUUAGGCGCCAAGUGCUACCGCUUCUCCCUAUCGUGGUCGCGAAUCAUCCCCCUCGGCGGCCGAAAUGAUCCCAUCAAUCAGGCCGGCAUCGACCACUACGUCCGAUUCGUCGACGACCUGCUCGACGCCGGCAUCGUGCCCUUCAUCACUCUGUUCCAUUGGGAUGCGCCGGACGCGCUCGACAAGCGAUACGGAGGCCUGCUGAACAAGCAGGAGUUUCCUCUCGACUUCGAGAACUACGCCCGCGUCGUCUUCAAGUCGAUCCCCAAGUGCAAGAACUGGAUCACGUUCAACGAGCCGUGGUGCAGCUCCGUGCUCGGGUACAGCACCGGCUUCUUCGCGCCGGGCCACACAUCAAACCGGGCCAAGUCCGCCGUAGGCGACUCGAGCCGGGAGCCCUGGAUCGUCGGCCACAACCUGAUCCUCGCGCACGCGCGGGCCGUCAAGGUGUACCGCGACGAGUUCAAGCCGACCGACGGCGGCCAGAUCGGCAUCACGCUCAACGGCGAUUACACAUACCCGUGGGACCCCGAGGACCCGCUGGACGUCGAGGCGGCCAACCGCAAGAUCGAGUUCGCGAUCUCGUGGUUCGCCGACCCUAUCUACUUCGGCAAGUACCCGGACUCGAUGCGCAAGCAGCUCGGCGACCGGCUUCCCGAGUUCACGCCCGAGGAGGUCGCGCUCGUCAAGGGCUCGAACGACUUCUACGGGAUGAACCACUACACGGCCGACUACGUCAAGCACGGCGACGGCAACCCGCCGCCGGAGGACUUCCUCGGCGACCUGACGACGCACUCGUAUAGCAAGAGCGGCGAGUGCAUCGGCCCCGAGACGCAGUCGUUCUGGCUGCGGCCGAACCCGGAAGGGUUCCGCGGGCUCCUGAACUGGCUGAGCAAGCGGUACGGGUACCCGCCGAUCUACGUGACGGAAAACGGGACGAGCAUCAAGGGCGAGAACGACCUGCAGGAGCCCGAGAUCCUCAACGACGUGUUCCGGUACGAGUACUUCCGCGACUACGUCGGGGCCUUGGUCAAGGCCGUCGCCGAGGACGGCUGCGACGUCCGCGGCUACAUGGCCUGGUCGCUCAUGGACAACUUCGAGUGGGCCGAGGGCUACGAGACCCGCUUCGGCGUCACCUACGUCAACUACGCCGACGGCCAGCAGCGCAAGGAGAAGCUGAGCGCCUCCAAGAUGAAGGAGAUCUUCGACGCUGCCAUCAAGAAGGAGUAGGUCGAGUAGAGGGGGUAACCCGAAAGAAAUAUAUACCUAGAGGAAGGCAGAAAUGAGGGAGGGGGAGAGAGAGAGAGGAGGAAGACGGAAUGAAGGGAGGAAACGCAUGAAGGCCGUGCAGAGUACACCGGAGGGGGAUUCCUUUUUCCACGCGCGCAACGAUCCUCGAGAUCUCUCCCGCUAUCCCUUUGAUACUGCCGUGAGUAACCGGCGGCGCCCCUCCUACCCUCGCCGCGGGAGCCCGGCGUCCCGGCGUCCCGGCGUCCUCGAAGCCGACGACAACCGCACUCGCACAUACAGCAAAUCAUCCCCGAUACUUACUAGAGCGAGAGCCUGUUAUGCGGUAUUCUGGAGAUAGACCCCCCCCUCCUCAAAAAACAUCAUAUUAU